AUGGUUGUCAAGGUCGGCAUCAACGGUUUCGGUCGUAUCGGCCGCAUUGUUUUCCGCAAUGCUGUCGAGAACCCCGAGGUUGAGGUCGUUGCUGUCAACGAUCCCUUCAUCGAGACCAAGUACGCUGAGUACAUGCUCAAGUAUGACAGCGUCCACGGCAUCUUCAAGGGCGACAUCAAGGUCGAGUCCGACGGUCUCGUCGUCAACGGCAAGAAGGUCAAGUUCUACUCUGAGCGCGACCCCGCCAACAUCCCCUGGAGGGAGACUGGUGCUGAGUACAUUGUCGAGUCCACUGGUGUCUUCACCACCACCGACAAGGCCAAGGCCCAUCUCAAUGGCGGCGCCAAGAAGGUCAUCAUCUCUGCCCCCUCUGCCGAUGCCCCCAUGUACGUGAUGGGCGUCAACAACAAGACCUACGACGGCAAGGCCGACGUCAUCUCCAACGCCUCUUGCACCACCAACUGCCUUGCUCCCCUCGCCAAGGUCCUCAACGACAAGUACACCAUCAUUGAGGGUCUCAUGACCACCGUCCACUCCUACACCGCCACCCAGAAGACCGUCGACGGUCCCUCCGCCAAGGACUGGCGUGGUGGCCGUACCGCUGCCCAGAACAUCAUCCCCAGCAGCACUGGUGCCGCCAAGGCCGUCGGCAAGGUCAUCCCCGAGCUCAACGGCAAGCUCACCGGCAUGUCGAUGCGUGUCCCUACCGCCAACGUCUCCGUUGUCGACUUGACUGUCCGCCUCGAGAAGGCCGCCACCUACGACGACAUUAAGGCCACCAUCAAGGCCGCCUCCGAGGGCGAGCUCAAGGGCAUCCUCGGCUACACUGAGGACGACGUCGUCUCCACCGACCUCCUCGGCAACCCCAACUCCUCCAUCUUCGAUGCCAAUGCCGGUAUCUCCCUCAACCCCCACUUCGUCAAGGUUGUCAGCUGGUAUGACAACGAGUGGGGUUACUCCCGCCGUGUCGUUGACCUCAUCGCCUACAUUGCCAAGGUUGAUGCCGGCUCGGCCUAA